AUGGAUAUGGAUAUGAAGCCGUUGCCUUAUGAAUAUUUGAAGAAUCCUUCGCAGAAUGGACUAUCAACAGCUCCAGUUGUGGGCCAGCCAAUGUCGUCUCAGGCACCGCCAAAUCCGGUGGUCAUCACUGCCGCUCCUCCAAUACCUUUGGGGCGCGUGCCGCAGAGAAUGACUUGUCCCUAUUGCCACAUUGUAAUGAUGACUCGUUUGGAUCAGAGAGCGACUAAGAACACACAUCUUAUGGCAUUAGGUCUAUGUGUAGUUGGACUUAUCUGUUUGGCGCCCAUGCCCUAUUGCAUGAAAAGCUGCAUGAGCUUGGAUCAUUAUUGCACCAACUGCAAUCAGUUUGUGGGCAAAGCUGCUAACUAA